CUAAUUUGAAUUCUUGUGGUGAUCCUGAGGUGCCUUGAAAUGAAUAUGCUACUCAGUGAGCCGAACCCCGCAAAAGACAAUUUUUAUGAGUUACUUGGUGUUAGCAAAAAUUCAACGGAAGAUCAGAUCCUUUGUGAAUAUCGCAUAAAAGCUAGAGAGCUUCAUCCAGAUAAAAAUUCGGGACCAAACUCAGCCUCACUUUUUCAGAAAAUUCAGAAAGCUAAAGAGGUUUUGACUGACCCGAACCUCCGUAAUAUGUAUGAUGUCUGGUUGUUCAGCAAUAUAUCUGUUUCUUUUGAACAAUAUCUUGGUUUGCAGAAAAAUUUUGAAGAGGUAUAUAUUCAUUUUCGUAAUGUUUAGUGUAUGCACUGGUAUUCUGAUGCCGAUAAUAUCCCUCGGAUGUUGGAUAGUACUUCAGAUUCUGACGGGCGUUUUAUAAACGAAGAUAACUCUGAUAAGCUUCGUAAUAUUGUGAAACUCUUUCGUGCGUAUGAAAUCUGAGUAAACAGAUUUUAAGUGAUUUUACUCACAACAAUAACUUAAUUUUAUUUAGUUCUAAUACCAUUCUCCCAUUAUUUUUAAUCAAAUUUCUUCCAUCUCUUACAUUGUGUCGUUUUAGCUUUACAUCAAUUUAAUCAUUUCCGACAAUAAAAUAGCUACCUCGAUGUUGUACACUUUAAGUUGUGUUUGAUUUACAAGUUCUCCCUCUGAUAGAUCUAGUUGUAAUCUUUAGGGAGUUAACUAUUAAAUAAAUAAUAAUAAUUUUGAUUUUUUUC